UUUCUAAAAGUGUCAAGAUAAAUCAUUCCUUUCACAUGUGUUUUGCUAUUGUGGCAGUGCUAAAAAAAAUACCUUUUGAGGUUAAAGAAAACACUUUGGCUGGUCGAUGAAAACGAAAACAAAUUACUUCCAAAAAUGGAUGAAGUGAUUGAAUAUAAAACGCCACAGCAAUUGGAAAGGGAAGAAGAGGAUAGCGCAGUCAAGAGUGCAGCUCAGAAGAAAAAGGAGAAAAAAGAACGUCAAAAAUUGAAACAACAACAAGAAAAACAACAGCUACUUCAACAAAAAUCAGCUGAUAAUGACGCCGAAAACGAGGAGAAUACACCAUCUACGAAGAAAGAAAAACCGAAGAAAAAAGAUGUGAAACCAAUGCCGGCUGUUGGAGGAGAAACCGAGGCUGUGAGUGCCAAUGAUGCGGCCGCCGAUGGUGCCGACAAGAAAAAGAAAAAGAAAGGUAAAGCCGACAAAAAAGAUGACGAACCAAAGGACAAAGACAAGAAGAAGAAGGGUCUUAGCUCAGCAAUGGUUGCUGCGAUGCAAGAGCAAUUACAAAAGCGGCGCGAAGAAGAAGAACGUUUAAAACGUGAGGAAGAAGAACGAAUUCGAAUCCAAGAAGAAGUAGAAAGAUUGCGUUUGGAAAAAAUACGACAAGAAAUUGAGCGCAAAGAAAAGAAAAAGCAAAGAGAAAAGGAGCGUAAGGAAAGACUCAAGGCCGAAGGUAAGCUGUUGACCACAAAGCAAAAACAAGAUAAGGCUCGUGCAGAGGCUAUGUUAGAAUCGUUGAGAGCACAAGGCGUUGAAUUGCCUGAAGCCGGUGCCAAGAAACCAAGACCUGGAACUCGAGUUCGUCCAAAUAAGAAAAAUCAAUCGGCGACAAAUCAAAGCACUUCCGAUGAAAAGGAUGAACAAAAAGAAUCCGAUGAAACAACUGCACAAGAUGAAAAUGAUGACGAACAAAAACCGGAAGAAGGUGCUGAACCAAAUCAAGAAGAUAAUAUAAAGGAUUCAUGGGAUGCAUCAAGCUCCGAAGAUGAGUCAUCGGAAGUGGCUGAACCAGUGGAGCAAACAAAACCGACUGGAACCGGUAAGAGUGUAGCAAGCAAACAAAGCAAAGACGAUACAUCCGAUGAUAGUGAAUCAGAAGAUUCCGAUGAAAACGAUGAAGACAGUGAUGAGGAUGAGGGCACUGAUGACGAUGAACCAGAUCAUAAAAAUGACGCCGAAGUCAAGAAAGAAAAAGCAUGGCAACGCAUUAUGAAACGUCGCCAUGCUGCCGAACAAAAUCGAACCACGGACAAUUUGAGAGCGGCCGUUGUUUGCGUUUUAGGUCAUGUAGAUACGGGUAAAACGAAAAUUCUUGAUAAAUUGCGGCGAACGAAUGUCCAGGAUUCGGAAGCAGGAGGUAUUACUCAACAGAUUGGUGCCACAAAUGUGCCCAUUGAAGCGAUUAAAGAGCAAUGCAAAGUGGUGAAAGGGUCAAAUGAAAUGAAUUAUAAACUUCCCGGUUUGCUGAUCAUAGAUACGCCUGGUCACGAAUCGUUCAGCAAUCUUCGAACUCGUGGUUCGUCUUUGUGUGACAUUGCAAUUUUAGUUGUCGAUAUAAUGCAUGGCCUGGAGCCACAAACAAUAGAAUCAAUCAACAUUUUGAAAUCAAUGAAAACACCAUUCUUAGUUGCGUUAAAUAAAAUUGAUCGUCUUUAUGAUUGGCAAACAAUCAAUCGCAAAGAUGUUCAAGACAUUCUGAAGAGUCAAGCGAUAAAUACACAGAAUGAAUUUGAAAAGCGAACGAAAGACAUUAUUGUACAAUUUUCCGAACAAGGAUUUAAUGCUGCAUUGUUCUAUGACAAUCCCGAUCCACGUUCAUACAUUAAUUUAGUGCCAACAUCUGCCAUAACCGGUGAGGGUAUGGGUAAUUUAUUGUACCUGAUCGUUGAAUCUUGUCAAACGCGAUUGGCCAAACGACUAAUGUACAGUGAAGAAUUAUUGGCAACCGUUCUCGAAGUGAAAGCCAUUUCUGGUCUGGGUACGACCAUUGAUUGUAUACUGAUCAAUGGAAAAUUACGUGAAGGUGAUACAAUGGUUGUAGCUGGUACAGAUGGUCCAAUAACAACGCAAAUUCGUUCGCUAUUGAUGCCACAACCAUUAAAGGAACUUCGUGUGAAAAAUGCUUAUAUCGAACAUAGAGAAGUCCAAGGAGCACAGGGUGUUAAAAUUGCGGCAAAGGAACUAGAAAAGGCGAUAGCCGGUCUUAAUGUCUAUGUUGCUAACAAACCAGACGAAAUUGAUAUUUGCAGAGAGGAGGUGGCCAAAGAGCUGCGAUCAGCACUUAGUCAUAUAAAAUUGAGUCCGGAAGGUGUGUACGUUCAAGCAUCAACUCUCGGUUCACUAGAAGCUCUAUUGGAAUUUUUACGAACGUCCAAAAUCCCGUACUCUAAUAUCCGAAUCGGUCCAGUUGUAAAACGAGAUGUUAUGAAGGCGUCAACAAUGCUUGUGCAUGAUGCAUCAUUCGCAACCAUUUUGGCAUUCGAUGUUAAAAUUGAACGUGAAGCUCAAGAGUAUGCUGAUGCAAAUGGUGUUAGGAUUUUUCAAGCUGAUAUUAUUUAUCAUUUAUUCGAUAAAUUUACGGCGUAUCGAGAAGAAUUGAAGCAAAAGAAACGCGAAGAAUUCAAAUCAAUCGCAGUUUUCCCAUGUAAAUUAAAGAUUUUACCUCAAUUCAUAUUCAACUCACGAGAUCCAAUUGUGAUGGGCGUUAUGGUUGAAAACGGCAUCAUCAAAGAAGGUACACCAAUAUGUGUGCCCAGCAAAGAGUUCUUGGAUAUCGGUUUGGUAACAUCAAUCGAAUGCAAUCACAAACAAGUGGAGAGCGCACGCAAGGGUCAAGAAGUGUGCAUUAAAAUUGAACCCAUUCCGGGUGAAUCACCAAAAAUGUUUGGUCGACAUUUUGAUGAUACGGAUAUGUUAGUGAGUAAGAUAUCUCGGCAGAGCAUUGAUGCCUGUAAGGACUAUUUCCGUGAAGAUUUAAACAAUGCUGAUUGGAAACUGAUGGUCGAAUUGAAGAAAUUGUUUCAAAUCCUAUAAUUGCAUGCGUGCAUGCGUGUGCAUGAAUGUAUUUUAAUGUGUGACGUGAAAUGGCGAGAUUUGUAUUUAUUUUAAAUGUAAACUAACCGCAAUCAAUUCGCGCACAAAUGUCUACUACGAUCAUGGCAAAAUGAUAAAUUUCAAUACAAAACUAAAAUCGAAUUUGCAUAUAAUCAAAUCUGAUUCUCAAUUGAUAUAAUUAAGAUUUUUCAUCUGUUUUCAGCCACUUGAUGGUUCUGAUUUGAUUGAAAUAUGUUGAAAAGAAGAAAAAAAAAUGACAGAAUAAAAAAGUACAUGUUUUUUUUAGUUAAUCGA